GUAGCAGUAAGUAUUUUAAGAUUGGACAAUAACGUAUCCACUUAGUUAUAUUUAUAAUUAAGUCGAAAACCAUAUUGGAAACCAGAACUGGGUUCUAACGACGUUCAAGCUGUCCUGUACAGAAAGUCCAGGGCAGUGCCAGUGGCAGUAAGUUCAGUAAACACCCAAAAUAUACUAGAUUCUAGGUCAUCAUUAUUAUGACAGAAAAUGAACUGUAACCAUGACUAAUAUGGGACUGUCACUAAAGAUGUGCUGUUCGUGUUUAACUGUUCCUUCAUCAACGACACUAUUCGUAAGAAUUUUCACUUAUUAAAUUUGGUAUCUCCAAGUCAUACCAUAGAAGAUGUAAAAGGAAUUUUAGAAAUGCAGUUUUGUAUGCCUGCUGCUCAACAGAAACUGGUAUACAAGGGGAAGACACUUACAGAUGGAAAGAGGCUGUCAGAUUAUCACAUUUCUGAUGGAGAUAAAGUGUUUCUGUUUCAAAAGAAGGGUGAUAUGUCUGGUGCAAGUACACCCAUUACUCCAGGACAUACAUCAGUAGAAAUACCCCACCCCCUUGGUGAAACAGGGUCCAGUACCACCACUGUUCUAUGGGACAAGCUUCAUGACUUCCUACAGAGACAUUUUACUAAAACAGAUGCACAAAAAGUCUUAGCAGAAUUUCAAAAGGACUUUUAUGUACAGCUGAAAUGUUUAAGCCUUGAUGAUAUAGAAAGACUUGCUGCCAACAAACUUCGAGUGAAUGCUAAUGGAAAUGUGAAUGGGCAUGAACGAAUGACUUGAUAUUUAGUCACAUUAAAUUUAUAUUGAUACUUCUUUGAAUUUUAUUUUAAUCAUGUAUCAUCUGGAAUGGUCUUAAAUGAAAUGUAUACACAACAAAGGUCAAUUUUGAAACUUCACUGUCCAGUGAUUUUAUAUAAAUGUGAAUUUCCUAACAGUUUCCUCACUUAACACUUUAAAGUCUUGCUACAUUUGUAAUCGAAUUGUACUCCAGGGUUUGUGCCAGUUAUUGUAAUCAAACAUAGUAUCGUAAAUGUUGUAGACUGAACGAAACAUACAUGUUUAAUAAACAAAUAAUCCGAUACAGCACAGGAUGUGUUUGUGAUCAAACGUUUAUCAAAAGGUUAGUCACUGUUAUAAAAUUCUUUGCCCCGACAUCCAGCAUGUUUUGUAAUGAAUAUGGUAAGAAUACAAUUAGAAAAUAUUUUUUAUGAUAAGAAGGUAAAGAGGAUAGGCCCAUUGGGCCAUGUUUAACUUUAUAUGGCUAUAUAGGCAUUUCCAGGUAUCUUAUCCAACAUAAUUCCUAAAUGAUAUUGUUUUGUGUAAAGUUUAUGGAUAGAUUCAUUGUGUGAAUAAUGAAUUCAGGUUUCAGUGAAUCAGUUAGAUAACUUAUAUUUCAUUGUAAAUAAAUUUUAGAUUUCUUAUGAUAUUUGAAUUCCUGAUAGAUGGCUUACUUCAGAUGAUCAAUAUCUCGAAAAAGUCUGAAGUACACUGUUGUUGAACUUUUCUCUUUCAAUGAUUUUUAUGUUUAAUAUGCACAUAUGUUUUUACCUUGAUAACAAUGUCAGCAUAAAGUGUUUCAAUGCUGAUAAAGAUAACCGUUUAUACAUGCAUGUAACUUAUUUUAUCUGGUGACUGAAAUCUAAACGACCAAAUGGAUUAUAAAAAUGAAAGGUGUAGGAUUCUUUAGAAUUCUUAAUUUUAUCAUCACUAUUUAAUAACAUUUGUGUGUGACAUUGAUAUCCAUUAAAAGUAUUGAAAGCAUUGCUUAAUUUCA